AAAGUAACUAGAGCGCAUCUCGAGAAUCCUACCUAACCUAAUAAAUCGCCGAAACUGUAAACACAAAAAUUAGAAAUACUAAAUUAUUCCACGAUGUUGGCCGUACAAGGUAUGAAUCAGUCUGGAAUUCCAGACAAAAUGUGGCAGCCACCAUGCGUGGCCUUUGAAACAACAAUGGGAGAAAUUACCAUUGAGCUGUACUGGAAACACGCCCCACAAACUUGUAGAAACUUUGCAGAAUUAACGAGGCGAGGUUAUUAUAACAACACAAUAUUUCACAGAGUGAUAAGGGACUUUAUGAUACAGGGUGGAGAUCCCACAGGUACGGGUAAAGGAGGGCUUUCAAUUUACGGACAAACGUUUAAGGAUGAAAUACAUCCAGAGCUGAAACAUAGUGGGGCGGGGAUUUUGUCCAUGGCCAAUUCUGGACCUGAUACGAAUGGCUCACAGUUUUUUAUUACUUUGGCCCCUACACAAUGGUUGGACGGAAAACAUGCUAUUUUUGGAAGGAUCCAGGCGGGGAUGAAUGUUGUAAAGAGAGUAGGUUUAGUGGAAACGGAUAAAAAUGACAGACCAGUGGAUGAAGUGAAAAUAAUUAGAGGAAAAGUUAUAAAAAACUAAUAAAUUAGCUGUAGGUUUUUUACUUAAUAAAGACAGUUUUUUAACUUAACAAAAA